AUGUUAUCCACCACUUCCCAGCAGGCCCUCAUGGACGUGGUAUGGAUGACGGGCUUAUCAGCUCUCAGGGCGUUCGUCGAACAUUGUGGACGGACCCCCUUUUCUUUUGAGUACAGAGCAAAUUUCAGUACACAUGUUGGUCGCGUCGAGGGCACCUUAACAAUUGAAAACAGUGAUCUUACCAUUUGUCUUGGGAAUGGAACAAAGACCAACUUCGUUUCUUUGCGGCACUCUAUGGUGUCGUUGAACAUGCCAAAGAAUGAGAACUUUCUUAAGGCUUUUGACGAUGCACGGGCGACCUUUCGAACUUAG